CGGUCAUAACGCAAUGCAACAAUAAAAUCCACGAGAUAAAUAAAUUCCAAAAUAACUAAUUAUUGGCAGUUAUUUACGAAAUAAACCGACGAUGGACAGCAGCAAUGACUUGUCGGACGAGCUAAUACGUCGCUUCAGUGUUGGCGGCGCCCUGGAAGAGGUGAUUGCCAGCGAAAUCUUCGAGGAAUCCAUCGAUGUGGAAACGGAGGCUGAGCCGGAUGACAUAAUCAUCGUGCACAUGGACAUCCGGGAACCGCUCAGCAUGCUCAAGUGAGUCUGGUUUGGAGUACCCUCAUGUUUCC